AAACAAUGCUGGAGCAUCAGUAAGACACUGGUAUUUUCUAAAGCAAACAUUUUGAAAGAUUGUGCGACAUAACAAUGUUCAAAUUGUUGCCACUACUACUAAGCACUUGCAUUGUGUGCAGUGUUGCCUCACCAGAGCCGGACGGUCUGUACAACAUCAUCAGCAGCGGCAUCGGCAGCGGCGCAGCCAUUAAGCCCUCGCAGACAUUAUCCUUGACAGCCAAAAGCCAAUAUCCACAACAGCCGCAGCAACAACAGUUACAAUCGAACGCCGUCACAUCGGGUGAAGACGAGGAGACAAACGACGUGACGGGCCCCGCAACAGGAGAGCAACAGGAACCACUUGCGCCCGCAUCAGUCACAGCAAUAGCGAACUCUGCACCAGUAUCAGGUACUAAAGCGCCGGCUCCAUCCUCCCUAGCACGCCUAAAAGCUGUCGCUUCUGCUGGUUCGGCUUCUGCAUCGGCAUCGGCAUCGCGUUCCUCCUUACGUGUAUCGUCUUCAGUUAAAUUACCGUCGGGCAGCAGCUCCACAGCAUCCAUUCAACAUCAAAUCUUGCCCGCGGAGACCCUCUCGCUGCCUAUUACCAUCUCGACACGGCCAGGCUUACGUACUGUUAUCGCACCGGAAACAAUAACCAUUCACGAGCCGACUCUUGCCAAGGUGGGUGAAGUGGUGCAGAAAAUACCAACCGCCGUGUCGCAUCAGAGUCAGACGGUGGUGCACAAGCAUGCGCGUGUGGUCACACCCAUUGUGGCACCCGCAGUGCGUACAAUCACGUCACAAGUAUUGCGCGCCUAUCACACCCCGCUCAUCUUCGCACCUGAAACCACGGUCAUCCGUACAGGUAAUGCAAAGACGAGUGCAAGCGCCAGCGCUAGCGUCACCUCGAAUGCAAACAUCGCCAACAGCAGUGCCAACUACAAAUACAAACAAUGAGCCAAUGGAUGCUCUCAUCGCUGAUCUAGCUAUUAUUUACUUUAAAAUCUUUUGAAACUGCUUACUGUGUUCCAGGCUGAUAAUAUUGUAAGAAAUUUAUUUAAAAAUUGAAAAUUCAAAAUUAUAGUUCGCACAUGCUUUUCGGCUUCAACAUUUUCGUUAAGUUCAUAUUUUUUGGAAUAACAAAAUUAAACUCUA